AUGGAGAUGGACUCAGGGGUAAACUUUCUUCAUGACAUGGAAUUCGAAACAUUCGAAAGACAAACGCACGGAUGGCAGUUGCCCACAGACAACUUUAAUCCGUGGUCAUCAGACGAAACGUUCAACGAUCGAAAUGUCCUGGAACAAUGCGCCUUUGAUAUACGGGGGAAGUUGAGACAUGCUGCAAACUCACUGGUCGGAGCCAAUGGUGUAUCAAAGGAAGUUAUUGAAGCAAUUGAGCGCAUAACAGCCCCAGUUAUUGCUGCGCGUAUCAAAUUGUAUUUCAAGAAUUGGCAUCAUCAUGCACCUAUGGUUCACCAAGCUACUUUUGAUCCGUGCACAGCUGCAUUACCCUUAGUUCUUUCCAUGACGAGUCUUGGUGCAAUGUAUUCUACGGAGGCAAAUGAGACAACGGAAGGAAAGCUUCUUCUGGACAUCAUAGAAACCUACAUCUACUCAAUAAAUGGGUUUAAUGAUGAAUUUGACUUACCCGGUAGAACUUAUGCGGAGCGUAAAAGCAAUUCAUCUCAAGAAUGGCUGCAAUACCAGUUAGAGGAAUUUCAGGGCGCGUAUCUCAUCGUAGUUGUUCAAUUUUGGACCGGCAACGAGAUUGCAAGAACACGGGUUAGGCAACAACGCUUUGCAAGAUUAGUAUCUAUUUACCGCUCCUUAGAAUUGAAUACUGUACAACAUCCUCCUGGGUUUGUUAUCAAAGACCAAGAUUCAUUUAAAGAUUGGAUUCGCAAAGAAUCGUGUAUUAGAACGGCAAGUAUAAUGAUGAUGCUUGACAACGCAUUCGCCAUAUUUAAUAAUCUUACUCCAAGACUUCAAUGGGCAGAGAUAGAUCUACCAUUUCCUAGCAAUGAGCAAUAUUUCAAAGCUGCAAAGUAUGAUGAUUUGGGGGGUCUUUCCAAAUUUCCACUUCCAAAGAUAAAGAUAAAGGAUGCCUUUCUUUUGCUAUACUCUCCUACGAAAACUGCUGAGGAAGAUCCAUGGCCGUUAUCUAACCGCAAUCUAACUGUUCAAGACAUGCAGAUGCUGAUUCAUAUCCUCUACGUUCAUAUCUGGAACUCCACAUUCUGUAACCCCUUGGCUCAAAUACCCAGCACAUCAAUUCCCUCCCUCCUCGCACCUUACAAACUCGCCAUGCGCAAUUGGAAAGUCGUCUGGGAUGAAAUCAAAUCGGCAACAAAUCCAGAGGAAUGGAAUUCACUGGGUUUUGAGAGAACGGCCGAAACUUAUUAUACUGCUGUCCAGAGCAUCCUUGAUAUUUUUGAGUCGAGAGAUGGGAAGUUUCCUCCGAUUCCGAGUGAUUGUGAGAAGGGGGCCCAUAUGAAGAGAUUGUUGAGUUUUUGA